CUGUCAAAAGGUAUUUAAAUACACCACUUGUAAACCAAAUUGUGAUGUCUAAUAAUAAUCAUGGUUCACAGAUUUAUCAAAGUGUGCAGUCAAUUCUUGACAAUAUUUUGAAAUUGUUGUGUGCCAAAAAUGUUCUGACAACGUGGAUUAACCGAUAUGUAUCUGCAAGCGAAAAAUGCCAACUCUAAGUUUAAAGAGAGGGAACGACCAAUUAAACAAUCACACUCACAGGUUAACGAUGCUAAUAUUGAAGACCAUUUCAGGAAGCGCUCUGUUAGCGAUGUUUCCCAGGAUUCCACCGCAUCAACUGUUUUAACAUCACCGAGCCCGACCGAUAUUUCUAUUCCGAGCCCAAGUCCAAGUCCAACGGCAACCAGGUCAAAUCAAAAUGGUAAGAUGGGUCCUCGGCGUGAUUCCUCGGUAUCCGGUUCAUCUGUGGGAGGACUUUCCCGGAUUCCUACAAUGGCCAAGGGGUCACAGCUAUCCAUGCAGUCCAGCUUCAACCUCGAUAUGGAAUCAGCUAGGGGAACCCCUGUCAAACCACCGGAGACCCUACAUAAUAGUGCAGAUAUUACAAAGAAGAAUAAAACAUCAAGAGAAGCCAACCGUCUUGCACUGGCUCCUAAACUGAUUUUACAAGCGGCAAAGAAGAAUGAUACCGAAACCCUAACCCGUCUUCUGACGGAAUUUCCUGGCGCGGAUCUAACGGCUGUAGAUGAAAAUGGGAAAACAGUUUUGCAUCAUUGUGCGAAUAAUGGGGAUGCAAACAAUGUAGACACUCUGCUGUUGCAAGGAGCUCAGCCUAAUACAAUUGACAAGAAUGGUCAAACUGCACUUCAUUUGGCCGCCAAGAAAAACGCAGUAGAGGUGAUAGAAAUGUUGGCCGUCAAUGGCGCCUUGCUGGAUUAUCCUGAUGCUAAAACAGGCCAGACAGCCCUACACCUUGCAGUGGCCAAGAACUUUCUGUCCAGUGUCCAAAUCCUUAUUUUUAGCGGCGCAGACACAACAAUUAAAGACAAGCAAGGACGGACACCGCACAUGUUUUGUCGGUCGAAAGAGAUGAGGACUUUACUUGCAAUGAACAGCUCCGCUGCUCUCAAUGUAUCUAUGGGAGAGAUGAUGCUACAGACGGUUGAAGUGAUCAGAGGAGCAAAAACUUACUGUGAAAGGCUUGACGUCACAAUCGACUUUGCCUCCGGAGCUGUUGGUGAUAAAUUCUCGACGAUGUGCAGACGACAACCUAUUGACUUUUGUGACGUCAAAUUUCAAUUCGCAGCAUCAGAAGAGGUCAUUAGUGACGUAAUCACUUAUCGUGUUCAAAGAAAGGGACGCAAAACUUUAUGUACAUUUACUGUUCCAAUUUUUGGACAACCCCUUAAGUCGGAGGAGGUAGCCAUGAAAAGUAACCAAGGGCAUGAUGUCAUUGUUUCCAAAGUGUUCGAAAAAGACAAGAAAUACUACUGUGAGGUAUCUGCUGAUCUUCCCGAGUUAAAUGCGUUUGUUUUCGUAACCCGCCCAAAGCAGGAAACAUUCACAGCAUCAACUGACGAUAUCACCAUCACUUCAGAAAUCAACGAUAAAGUUAAAAUAGUGUUUCCAAAAGGGACAUUUGAGGAACCUACAAAAGUAUUUCUUCAGGUAACGGAUCCACCAGAUGCUGGUAUCUUGGAGUCUGCAGAAAUGAAGGAUGUAUACUCUAUCACACCUUUCGUUCGAUCACAAGCUGAAAAUUACGUAGGUCCAAAACAGGAAAUUCAAAUGCAACUACCUCUACCGGAAGAAUAUGGCGUUGGUGGAACUAUAAAGGUGUUCAGCUCCAACGUGUACGAAAUCGAUGACAUUAAUGAGAACAGCUGGAACUUGCUGGACACGAGGUGUAAUAUAUCCAAAGAUGUUAUUUCGUUCGAUACAAGGACGUUUUCUUUAAAAGUUGCAAUCGAAACCAAAAAGGACGUUUCGGUUGAAAAACUUAGACCGCAAGUCCACUCGCUGUUUCAGCGUGCACGGAAAAUAGACCAUUCUGUUAAAUUUCUUGCCAUGUCUAGACGUAUGGAAGAAACCGAUUCUUUUCAGGUGGCUAUAGAAUGUGCUCCAGUAGACAGGGUUGAUGCUUGUAGAGACUUCUGGAUAAACGAAGGCUUUAAAGACCAACGAUCUAAAAAGUCUCCAACAAACACAGUGAAAUCCAGAGAACAUUUCAUAUUAUUUGUGAAGAAUCUCAAAAUGGUAGGCGAUUCUGAGGAUAUUCAAUUUCAAUUUCAUCCAAGGAGGAGAAAUUUUCAGUGCUUCACAAUAGAAACUUCACAACAGGUGAAGAAAGUUUCGGGACAGGUUCAAGUGAAUAAAAUUCUUCCUAACACUGAUAGUGAUCAAACCGGUGAAACUAAGAGGAAAACUAAAAGCAUUACAAACAUCCUUAUAAACCUGUCAAAGGAACCAGAGGAGGACGAAGAGCCCGAGGAAGAGGAGGAGGAAAAGAAAGAGGCGGAGGUUCCUCCAACACUGGAACCUCCUAAAGACAUCACCAAACCGGCACCAGUCCCUAAACCGAUCACCCCCAGCAGAAACCUGCUGACACCGAGUGAAACGAGCGAGCCUACGAACAGGACGUCCAUUGCAGUCAUGAAAGAGAAAAGCUUUGAUUUCACCCUGAGCGAAAAGGGGGACCCUUCCUUUAAAGGUUUCACGGACGAUCAAUUUCUUCGCGAGACAUGUAAAGAGAUGGACGAGGAAUGGUAUAAAGUGGCGGUUCUCAUGGGCUGGAACUAUGCUGACAUUGAGAGAAUGAUAAAGGAAAACAAUCCGUCGCAGGAAGAACUCAUCUGGCAUUUUUUGCUUUCCUGGCGAAACAUGUGUAAGACGAAGGACGAUCUGGGUCUGCCUGUCCUAGUCACUGCUCUGUCCAAAGGAGGAAGGAGGGACCUGUGUACAUUAAUUACGCUACAACUUAGACACUGGACUACUGUGGAGGAAAACAAAAAGACAAAGUUUUACAGAUGGGUGUUGAAAGCUUUUAAUAACUCCGAUUUAAUGAAUCCAGGAGAUUACCCACCUCCACUCUCGGAUCAGUUCCUGGUUUUGCUGGUGGACAUGACUAAAUGCCAGACUGAGAUUUUGGAGCCACUUGGUUUGACUCAGAAAGAGAUAGAAAGAGUCAUGUCGAGUAACAGAUAUAAAUCCCCGGAUGAAAAAAUGUUAAAGUUGUUCAUCAUGGGACGUGAAAAAUCUACCCUGAAGAAAGAUUACUUGAAGAAGUUGGUACGAGCUUUGGAACAUUACGGCCUUCAGGAUGCAAAGCGUUGGCUCAUCAUUGCCUGUAAAAAGUGGCUUGAAAUCACCGAGAAGAGUGGGGACCCGUUCUGUGAAGAUGUGAACCAUGUCAUUAAAGCGUUCAUCUGAGACUUUUCCCCGUCAGCUUGCCCCCCCCCCUCCCCACUCCUCCAGUAUUAUCAAUUCAGGAUUUAUUUUUUGUCUUCAGAAUACCAAUUGAAUGAUGUCUUUCAAUUUAAAAAUAAACACUAUAUUUGCUUGUCAUUAUUUGUGUGAAGUUUAAACGUUGACUGUAUAUUU